AUUUAUUAAAUUUUUCAUAGAAAAAGAUAACUUCCAAGAUGGGUCGUUACGCAAAGGAACCAGAUAAUCCUGCCAAGUCUUGCAAGGCUCGUGGAUCCAAUUUACGGGUGCACUUUAAGAACACACGCGAAACGGCGCUAGCCAUCAAGCGUAUGCCACUGCGUCGUGCACAGAAAUUUCUGAAGAACGUCGUUGAAAAGAAGGAGUGCGUUCCAUUCCGUCGCUUUAAUGGAGGUGUCGGUCGUUGCGCCCAGGCUAAGCACUGGAAUACGUCGGUCGGUCGUUGGCCGAAGAAAUCCGCCGAGUUCCUGCUGCAACUGCUGAAGAACGCCGAGGCGAACGCUGACUACCGGGGGCUGGAUGUGGAUCGGUUGGUCGUUGACCAUAUUCAGGUUAACCGAGCACCGUGUCUACGCCGUCGUACGUACCGUGCCCAUGGUCGCAUCAAUCCGUACAUGUCAUCACCGUGUCACAUCGAACUAUCGCUGACGGAGAAAGAGGAUGUUGUAACCAAGACUGCCGAAGCCGAACCGGCCAAGAAGAAGCUGUCCAAAAAGAAGCUCCAGCGGCAGAAGGAAAAGAUGAUGCGAAACGAGUAGUGUAUUACUUAAGCUGACGGAAGUGUAUAUGGAAAAUCGAGAAUACAAAGUUUGAGGUGGCUCAA